GACACCCCGUAUUUCUUAGAAGUGGAAUUCAGCACACUGGAUAGCAAGGGAAUCAAAGAGGCCUCGAACGGCUGCCCGAGUUUUUUCAUGCUGGCAAGAGAAGCCUAUUUGUGAAAAGAUACUGCAUGAAGCGAUUUGAAAACAUUUCUGAAAUUAUUGUUAAACAAACCACUUUGUAGAUGAACAGAAAUUUAAUUCAUGCAUUGUUUGCAAUGAAGGCUGGUUGAAAAGUCCUUAAAAUGGAUAUGAAAUGUCGCUCUUGUGAGAAGACUUUAGCAAGUGCCAAUGAACUAUUCUUCUUUGUUAAAAGCAGCAAUGAGGUGCAGUUGCUCAUCAAGCCAGAAUGUCGUGCAGUUUUAGAAAACAAUGUGUUUUUGCUUGUGCCUGAAGCAAAGAAGAAGAUGCGUGUAAAAUGCAAGAAAUGCUUCGAGAAUAUUGGAUGGGAGCUGCCUUAUGGACCAAAUGGGAUAUCGUUUUUAGCCUUUGGUACAGAGAAAGUUAUUUUUCUAGGCGAAAAACUUUCUAGCAAGCAAAAAUGGCGCAACGUUAUGACAAGGUAUCUGAGUAUUGAAAAAAGAAACAUGGAAAAUUUCUUUGGGAGAACACUUAAAAGGGAAACUUAUGAACAAGUACGUGGAGGAAGCAAAAAGGGUUGCAAGGAGAUGAUCAGAUUUCCCUCUGUGGAAACAGAUUAUGAGUGGUAUUCCUUGACCCUGAGAAAAUUACCAAGAAACUACCAAAUUGAUGCCUACAUUGAGGCAUUGCAGCAGGAUCUGGUAGUUGUGAUGGAUACUGGUCUUGGGAAGACACUCAUUGCUUCGAUGGUUAUAGCGAAAAUGAAAAUAUUGAAUCCCAAUCGAAUGGGACUGAUGCUUGUAGACAGGAUACCACUUGUUUUCCAACAAGGCCAGGCAAUCGCAAAUGACACUGGGCUGCGUGUUUGUCGUCUUUGCAGUGAGAAUCGAACCUCGCGUCACGUGAGACAACUUCAUGAUGGCACGUACGAUGUCCUCGUUAUCACGGCUGGCUCAUUCAACGAGCUGAUCUCUCGGGAGAAAAUCGAAAUAUCGAAUUUCAGUGUCAUAGUCUUCGAUGAAUGCCAUCAUGCCACGGGUGAUCACAUUUACAGGAAGGUUCUGCAACACCUAGAAGCAUGCUCCCCAAACACGAGGCCGAGAGUCCUGGGACUGACUGCGUCACCAUUCAAAGCUCAGAAUAUCAUUAAAGGGAGAAAUCAAUUGGAAAAGUUCAGGAGAUGCUUUGUCAACGCCGCAUUUUUCUAUCCUGAUAUACCAAGAUUAAAGAACGUAGCUAUAGAGGUGAAGGUUGAAAGAAACAUAGAGCAAAGCAGGUUUAUUUGUAACGUCAUGAGGAUCAUCCAGCAAACUAUUCGCAAAAUCGGAAAUUUUGUCCGUGGCUUCUCAACUGAGGCUGACAUCAAAGAGUCCCAGUUGAAUCUUCUGAAAGGCCAAGUUAAAGCAAUUCGUGAAGUAUACCCUGAUAAUAGAAAUUUAAUGACUCUUGUCACUGACGUCCUUUUGCUGAUUGAAACAAUAGAAGUUUGUGAGUUACUUGGAGUAAGCCAAUCAAUAGAGGUAUUAACGAAAAAUCGAGACUUGUCUUUAGAGAUACAGCAGCUCACGAGGUUCAAGAAUUCAGCAAGCGUGGCACCAAGGCUCUUAAAACUGGAAAAGCUGCUAAAUGAAUGCAGCUCAGAAACAAAAGCGAUUGUCUUUGUUAGAACCCAGAUCUCAGCUAUUCGUUUAUUUGAACAUCUAGAGGAGAAUUUUCCGGACAUGAACCCUGGAAUCAUCUUGGGACACGGUGGCUAUUUCGGAAUGAACUGGGAAGAUGAGCAAAAGCCUGUUUUGAGAGAUUUCAGAGAUGGGAAAACAAGACUGAUUUUGGCGACCUCUGUUUUAGAGGAAGGCUUGGAUGUUGCUGAGUGUGAUUUAGUGAUUCGCUAUACUGGUCCUAAUACACUGAUCAACUUUAUUCAAAGUCGAGGUCGUGCUCGGCGACAAGAUAGCAAAUUCUACGUAUUCAUUGACGAGCAACAAGCACAGACAGCGGCUGACCUGGAGUGCCAAGAGAGCAUUCUUCGCCACCUUAUUAAGGUGGAAGGGUCGAGGGAUUGUCUACCCUCAGAAUGGUCAAAACAAAUCAAGGCAACCAUUGAAAGUGGCCGCCCUAAUCAGACAGUUAUGGUGCCUCAAGUUCAGCCUGAAGGAGAUGUGUCCAGAAUGUUUGUGGUUGAGUUCUACUUGCGUACAACAGAAGACGAAGCACUACUAUCAGACGCGUUAGUUUGUGAAAUCGAGCAGUACGACACAUUCAAAGUACAUCGGCUACUUCCUAUUGAAAAAGGCGCUGAGCUGGCUUCAGGCACCUCAAGAGUAUUUACUUGUGAAGAUAAAGCAUUUCUGACAAGCCUCAGUAGCGAGCUCGAUGACGUAGAACAUGCAUAUGAAGAAUUUUGCAAACAAUGGGAUUUCGAAAUGACUUCACUCCCUCGCAGAUGCAAAGUAACACAUGCCUGGUGCAAAUAUGUCUCAAAAAAGCCAUCUUUAUCAGAAGUUCAAAGAAUUUGGAAUCCUAUCUCAGUUGAGUUUGGGAAUUUUACUAGCAAACAGAUAUUUGAGUGCUCUUUAAUUGAGCGCUCUAAGAUUAUAUGCCAAGAAAUGGAAGUAAUGAUGGAGGAAAACCUAAGGUUAGAGUUUGAUCAAAAGGGUAUAACUCUAGAAAAGCUUGUUGGAGAAACAACAUUCAUCAUGUACAUCCCAUUGACUUCGCUUCAUGAGUUUGCUGUUUGUUGCGCGUCUAUGGAUGGCCAGACGCUGCAUCUUUAUUUGCCUCUCAAGACACCACCAAAUGUUGGAACUGAAAAUAGAAACAUUAAAGACGCAGUCGUCGAUAAUAAGGUUGUUUGUAUAACUUUUCCAUCUAGCUCGUGGAAAGAACUCCGGAGAACACUUGCGGUUCCAGAAAUUAUGCCAGUUUCCGUUUUCAACACUUGUGUGAAACACGAGCAUGCUUUUGAAUAUGCUCAAUCAGUGAAGAUAAAAGAAGCAACUCUUGAGGGUUACCAAGUUCUCAACAACAGUCUUUGGCUCAUGAAAGUGUUGAAAGGAAAGCGAGAAUUUUGUUUACCGAACAGGAAUUUGUUGUUUCUCUACGAGAAGCUUGUAGAAGCUCUUGUUGGUGGCUAUACAGAUUUAUGGGAAACAGCCUUGAAUUACGUUAUCCAGAAUGAAAACUGCUUUUGGAUCGAUCUGGAGACAGCUUUCAUUAGGGUGCUAGACAGCUUGCAGACUUUACCUAAGCCAGCUAUUUUACUAGCAAAAGUCCCGGUUCCCGCCUUUCACAAAAUGAUAAAGAGGGUUGUAAUAACACCUAAUAGAUUGGUGUGUCUCCCAGCCACCCCUGUUGCAGAGAGUCGUUUGCUACGUUACUAUGGCGACGAGUACGAGUUUUUGAUCGUCAGUUUCAGAGCAGAAGAGUUUCAGGAGCUCCAUUCCGUUGAAGAUAAGGAGUUGCUCCGUCGUAUAAAAAAUUUCAUCAUAAAUGGAUUCACAGCAGUAAAGCAUUACUGGUUUUUUUGUUCCAGUGCAAGUCAGUUAAGAGAUCGUAAAGCCUACUUCGUUGCUGCCCAGUCAUAUGAUGAGGUACAAAAACUGCGAAGUAAAAUUGUACUCAACAGAAGUGAGCAGAAGUCGACAGCCAAAUAUCUGAGCAAGCUUGGUUUGUUUUGCACUUCAGACAAGCAAAUUUUGUCUCUUUCUGAGGAGAGGAUGGCAAUACGCGAUGACAUCAGAGCCUUGAACGGUGACUUAGUCACUGAUGGCUGUGAUGACUUUUUGGAUGCUAAACGAUGCAACCAGAUAAUGUCAAACAAAACACAGAAUCCGGAAUACAGAAUCUGGAAUACAGAAUCCAGAAUACAGAUCCGAAUUCUGGAAUACGGAAUCCGGAAUAUAGAAAAUGGAAUCAAGAAUCCUAUACGUAAAGAACGUACUCCGGAUUCCAGAUUCCGGAUUCCGUGUUUUAAAGGUAAAGUUUCGAGAAAGAUGGCUCAAAAAAUCUCGUCUCUAUUGCAACUUGAAGAUCAUGUUCCCUCUGCAUUUCAAAUCCGAGUUGGGGGUAUCAAAGGUGUUCUUGCUGUUGCCAGUGACAACGACCCUGAGCUGCGGCAUUCUGACGUCAUCUAUCGAGAAUCGAUGCUUAAGUUUGUGAAUAAUGAUAAAGAGUUAUGUGUUGUUAAUUGCGCCAAUUACCACAAGCUUUUUCUUAAUCGCGAAGUCAUUACACUCUUAACUAGCAUCAACGAAUUAUUGCACCGAACAACGGACGGCAACAUAUGGAUGAUUGAACAUACCAUUAGAGUAUUGCACGAGAAAGCCCUUUGGGAUGCUGCAAGAAUUUUUGAAGAUUCAGUUGCAGCAAGGGAGGCAUUAAUGCAAUUCCUGCCAAAACAAACGGUGCUUCAAGUUCAAAACAGUGGCUUUGAUGUGCUGACUGAACCAUUCUGGUUUGCACUGCUACGAAAUGCGUACAGUUUGUCAGUGAUGUCUUUGAGAAGAAAGUCAAGGAUACUUUUGGAUAAUGGCUGCCUUCUGAUGGGUAUAGCCGACACGAUUGGCCUCUUGAAAGAUAACGAAGUGUUUGUUCAAUUUCAAGAAGAUCCAAUAAAGAGUCCCAGAAUCAUCACAGGCCCAGUUCUAAUAUAUAGAAACCCCUGCCUUCACCCCGGAGAUCUACGCUGGGUGACAGCUGUCAAUCACCCUAACUAUCUGCCGUGGAAAAAUGUAUUGAUCCUUCCAACAGAGGGGGUCAGUAAUUCAUUAGCAGCUGAUUGCAGCGGUGGGGACCUGGAUGGGGAUCUCUUUGCUGUGAUUUGGGACGAAAGAUUUAUUCCACCGUGUCCAGUGAGAAAUCCACCCUUAAACUACGCCGAGCUAUCAAGGGGAGCGCCGGAAAACUUUGUUCCUGACAAAGAGCGUUUGUUAUUUGCCGAUGUCUUCUGUCUGAUCGUUCAAAACCAUGCUUUAGGCCAAGUUGCAAACCGGCAUUUGGCACUAUGUGAUCAACUGCCUAAAGGCGCGUGCGACGAUUUGGCCAAGGAGCUUGCCAAAUCACAAUCACAAGCAGUGGACUUUCCAAAGACUGGCAUUUUGCCAACGAUACCUAGAGAAGCUUUAGGCAUUAAGUUUCCUGAUUUCAUGGAGAAGGACAGCGGUUAUUAUUCCGAGAAAGUUAUUGGUGAAUUAUAUCGUCGCUGUAGAUCUUCUGUUUUCGACUUUGAACUGGCGAUUGAAAAGGGACGCUCAUGCCAAUCAAGCUUUGACCUCGAUCUGUUUGUUGAUGGGUAUGAGGAAUACAUAGAAGAUGCAAAGGAGGGAUUUGAGGCAUACAAAAGAUGUAUGCAAGGAAUCAUGGCGCAUUACUCUCUAAAAAGAGAGUCGGAGGUAGUUCUUGGACGGCCAUUAAGUUGGGACCCACUUCUCAAAGCAGACAAGGGUAAAGUAAUGGAAGCAAUUGAAGGCUCCUAUGAAGCAGUAAAAAGAAAAUUCAGAGCUGAAUUCUUACGAAAUGUUUCAACUCAAGAAGAGCAGAGAAAGAAGGCCUAUGCCUGGUAUGCCGUUGCUUACGAUCGCAGAAAUUCUAUGGCAUCCAAAAACUUCUUCAGUUUUGCCUGGCUUGUUCACGAUAUCCUUUGUACAAUAAAACAAGACAACACAACUGCAACGAUUCUAAAGCAGGAUAUGGUUCUAAGACUGAUUGACGAGAGCAUCUAUUCAAGAUUUUUCCAGUGCAAAUCACGACUUGAAUCGAUGAUCGCUACUAAGGAAAACAUUUUGCGUUGCGUGAAAGCGGAGAUAGAUCGUGUUGCGGGAAAGAACUGUUUUGCUGUGGAAGCAUACGGCUCGGCUUCGAUGUAUCUUUGCAGUGAAGAAUCUGACUUAGAUGUAUGCCUGACACCACUCAAAUUGGCAUGGGAAAUGUGGGCACCUGCAGAUUUGGUAAGUUUUAAAAAACUCCAACCAAAGGACCAAGCAAAACACUUCUUGGAGAUUAUCAUUUCGAAAGCCGUUGAUAAUAUUUCAAACAGCAAGGUGCACAAGCUCAAAGCUACCGUUCCAGUUAUAACAAUAACAGUUGGCGAUCAAAACAGAGAAUGUGCUGUUGACCUCUCUUUCAACAAUAUCGGCCUUGCAAAGACAUUGUUUAUGCACAGGCUGUAUACAAGCAAUUGCAAGACAUUCAUUUUGCUAUGGGUGCUUGUUCGAUGGGCUAGGGCUGUAGGGAUGAUAAAAUCUGGAAUGGAAGCGCAGGACCUCCCGCAACAACCCGAGCUACGAAGAGAAGAAAAGACUGUAAAUGUCGAAGGUCUGCUGGCAACUGCUGAGUUCUAUGUACUGGUCAUCCAUUUACUUGAUUUGAAACCAACAGAGGAAGAAUUUGAGAACAAGAAAGAAAGAAACAAAAAAGCGAAGAAGGUGUGCCCAUUAAAAAGACUAUUUGUACAAGCCAAGGAAGCCAAAAAAGACGAGGAACAUCAGGUUGCUCAUAUGCUGGUGACGUUCUUUCGCCGUGGAGCUUUGAUGGAAAAAUGUGAGGAAGAUGUCGAGCUUGUGUGGCCUGAUGAAAACAUCCCCAACGUGAUUCUUUCUGCCCAGGUGAUCAAGCUAAUUUCUCUCUACUGCAUGAAUGGCCUGCACAGUGUUUUCGCAACACGCAGUGUUUCAACCAUGCUAUCUCAAGUAAAAGCAACUUCUGAGAAGGAAGUUACCUUUUCCCGGAAGCUCCCCAAAUGCCUCGUUCAUGCAUUCGGAAAAGCAACAGAAUUUCAUGCUGCAAGGCUAAGCUCUGUGACCGGAGCUAAUGUGAAAAUUUCCAUGGAAAACAUCGUAUUUGCCACGGGGUCAAGAUCUAGCAUUAUGAAAUUAAAGGAAGAGCUGCACGCCCUGUCUGUAACCAAUCGUGCUUUGAUGCUGGGACGACUGCCAAAGAAAACAUCACGAUAUUUCAUGGAAGGAUCAACUUUGGUUAUAGCGAAAGGCAACCCAUCAGCGGAUGCUAUGGUUUUAUUUGGCAAAAGUGUUGGACCAUGGAAUAUGUUGCACCAUCUAGGGGAAAGACAUCACCCUACAUUGAAAAGUGAACCUGUUCAUGAUUGGAUUGGGAAUGCUGUUAGCAGGUUCAGUGAACGGCUAAUGCAACAACUGUGCAAGCUGCCCCUCAAAAACCAAACUGUCAUCGAUUCGCUCAGCACGUCAAUAACUUUCGGUUCAUUUUACACGGUAAACAUUUCCCAGAGCCUGCCACCGACCCAAACAACAUUGUCAGUAGAUGAAUUGGGAAUCAAGAUCGAGAAGGGUCGUCGAAAUAGGAAAAACUGGCAGCGGGGAGAGUUUGUCGCAGAACCAGAGCCAAAUAGGUUUUUCGCGAAAGCUAGAUUAGGCCCAGCAAAAGGGGAUCUUGCUGUGGAAAAAAAGAAGCCAAAACACAGAGAUACUAAGAAAAGUUCGAUUACGUCAUCAUUCUGCAGCGGAAUACUUGCGCAGAACAACCACGACAAAGCGGUUUUACAGUUGUGCGAAGAAGCGUUCAUAUCUUCCCUUGCUGAAUGUGGCUUUGCUCUAGGAACGAACGGGUUUGAUCGCAGCGAAGUUGGUUGGAAAGUACAUAGCCUGCCAUCAUCUAGCUACGAGGUGGUCAUCAGCCUUGACCAGGAAAUGAAAAAUAAGGCUGUAGAGGAGCGGGCUUUGAAGUGGAUCAGUGCAAAUGUCGUUGACGGUGAUGGAAGUGAAGCGGUCAAAGGUCUUCUAGCCAAUCACGAUAUCCGAAUCAACAUCAUCAGCAGAGACUCGGUUCCAGAAAACUCGGAUUUGUGGAAAAAAGUCGUUCCAGAGCCGGACAUUCCUAUUCUUGAGCUGAAAGAAGGAGAACCGGUCGUCCACUCUGCGUAUCCACAAAAAAGCAAAUCCUUUUUUACACUUAUCCGCCAUGUCUCGUCGUGUCGUACAUAUUUCAAAGAAAACUUUGACUCGUAUAUCGUACGUGGCACUGACUACAGCGGAAAAGACUUCAAAAUCAGACGUACAUUUUGUGACAUUGGCCUGAAAUAUAACCCAGAGCGCCUUCGCAGUGUAAUUAGAAAUGGAAUUGAGGCUGAAGAUUGUCGUGCCUUCGCAGAGGAAUUGUUUACAGCUGCUUUGCAAAUUUCUGAUGCUUUGAAUAAGAAAGUAAAUUGCCAGUAAGCCAAAAAGACUGGUCAGUAGUAUGCUUUUUUUCUGUAAGGUAAAAAUUGUGAUUCAAUAUCAAGCGACAUCCAUCAGUAAAGAGUUCUGGUAAAAGGAAAACCUUUCCAAAAAACUAGUCCACAUUCCAGUCUGUAAUUACACAUCUUUUAAAAAUUUGUCAAUGCAUUAGCCAGAACCGUACAAGGAACAUAUCUACAUAGAGGCGGUCCUCGUUUUCAUUAUAAAAACAAUAAAAUAGCCUUUACAAUGUCUUUAGCCAAAGCGGACAGAUAAAAGGCUUGAACUUAACUACUGCAUUUCUGAAAUUUAAAACUACAGCAAAAAGGUAUCAUAUAUAAUUAUGUUUAUUUUGUCAUUCAAUCAGUCAAAACAUUGCUUAUUAAAAACUAUUAGAUUUUUUGAAAGCAGAAUAUCUACUUAUGUGAAGUUCGAGAUGGAAUGCCUUUCUCGCCCUAUCACCCCCUUAUGUUUUGUUUCCUUAUGUGUAUCUGUUAAUAAGGCAAAUUAAAUAGAGAAAAAUUAGUUUAAAGUUUCAUAGAUAAUAAACAUGGAGACUUCUAUUGUUGCAGUUUUGUUUUUAGACUAAUUUUGUCCUUGAAGUUUUUGCAUCGUUGUUAUUGUAUGACA